AUGUCAUUCCUACCAGCCAUCAGGCGACAGGCUGCCCUCACAGCGAGGAGGUCUUACGCCACCGUAUCCGAAGCCGCAGGCGUAAAAGUCGUCGGUAUCGAUUCGGGCGUUCUUCCCGCGGCAACAACCAGCAUCACCGUCGUGGUCAAAGCUGGCGCUCGAUAUGAGACUCAACCGGGUAUCGCGCACGUUCUCAAGAACUUCGCCUUCAAGUCUACUGCCUCGGGAUCUGCGUUGAAAACCGCCCGCGAAACGGAGCUCUAUGGAGGUGUACUUUCCGCCGCGUUGGGCAGGGAGCACUUGUUCUUGACGGCCGAAUUCUUGAGAGGCGACGAGAACCACUUUUUAGACCUCCUCGCGUCGGUCCUCUCUUCCACCCACUACUACCCCCACGAAUAUGCCGAGCUCGUCCUUCCCACCAUCCAGAGCGAGUCUAUCUCGGCUCUCGCAUCCAGCAGCACCAUCGCCAUGGAUGCUGCACACAGCAUUGCAUUCCGGCGCGGACUGGGCAACUCGCUCUACGCCUCUCCCCACUCGCCUGUCUCGGCCGCCGAUGUCAAGGGCUUUGCCCAAAAAGCCUUUGCCAAGUCCAACAUUGCGGUCCUCGGCGCGGGUAUCUCCACGGACGCGCUGAGCAAGGCGGUUCAGUCGGCGUUUGGUUCGGGAUCCGGAGGGGCGGCAUUGUCGGGCGGAUCUUCGCAGUACUUUGGCGGAGAAUCGCGCAUCGCUUCGCACGAUCAGCCAACGAUGAUUCUGGCGUUCGGCUCGGCUGGUGAGGCAUCAGCAGAUAUGAAGGUGCUGCCUCACCUUCUCGGCGGCGAGACGGCGGUCAAGUGGUCGACGGGGAGCUCGCCCCUCAGCCAGGCGGCGGCCAAGGUGACUGGAGCGAGCGCCAAGGCGUUCCUGAUGCCGUACUCUGAUGCGUCGCUCUUCGGCGUUGUGGUGACGGCUCCCACAAGCGAGGGUGUCGCAUCAGUCGCCAAGGAGGUUGCAGGGUUGAUGAAGGCUGGGAAGGGCAAGGAUGAGGAGAUUAAGCGGGCUGUGGCCAAGGCCAAGUUUUACGAGGCGACUCUUCUGGAACGGCACGAAUCGUUGAUUGCUACCGCUGGAGCAGCAAUCUUUUCUGGCAACAUGCCCACACCAGAUUCGUCAUUCGCUGCACUUGCCAAGGUCUCGGCUUCAUCACUGGAAAAGGCCUCGUCAGAGCUGUUCAAGGGCAAGCCAACGGUCAUCGCUGUCGGGGAUUUGGCAAAGCUUCCUUACGCGGACGAACUCUUCUAG